GGGAGACCGGAAACAGGGGAAGAAGUCGGUGGCGGACUUCCUGUCAGUGUCGGCGUGUGUGGAUCGUUUGAGGCUGAAGUUUGUUCAGUUUUGCGGGGGAUUCUUGAUAAAAAAGAUACAAGUCAGCAGCAGAGAUGGCGAGAAACGCUGAGAAGGCGAUGACGGCUUUGGCUCGGUUCAGACAGGCUCAGCUGGAGGAGGGAAAAGUCAAGGAGAGGAGACCAUUUCUGGCGUCAGAGUGCAGUGAACUUCCUAAAGCUGAAAAAUGGAGACGGCAGAUCAUCAGUGAGAUUUCAAAGAAAGUGGCUCAGAUCCAGAAUGCCGGUCUGGGGGAGUUCAGGAUUCGGGAUCUGAAUGAUGAGAUUAAUAAACUGCUGAGAGAGAAAGGUCACUGGGAGGUUCGGAUUAAAGAGCUGGGAGGACCUGACUAUGCUCGCGUUGGUCCGAAGAUGUUGGAUCACGAGGGGAAGGAGGUACCAGGAAACAGAGGGUAUAAAUACUUUGGAGCAGCCAGAGACCUGCCUGGAGUCAGAGAGCUGUUCGAGAAGGAGCCUGCCCCGGCACUGAGGAAGACGAGGGCUGAGCUGAUGAAGGACGUGGACGCAGAGUAUUAUGGGUACAGAGAUGAAGACGAUGGAGUCCUGCUUCCUCUGGAGUCACAGUACGAGAAGCAAGCUGUGUUGGAGGCAGUGCAGAGGUGGAGAACAGAGAAGGAGUCUCGUCUGUCUGGAGAGAAACCACAGGAGGAGGAGGAAGAGGAGGAGAGCAUCUACACCAUCCACAGUGAAGAGCCUGAUGAUGAGGAGAGCCGAGAGGAGCAGGAGGGUGAGGAGGGAGGAGUCACCUUUAUCGCACAUGUACCUGUCCCCUCACAGAGAGAGGUGGAGGAGGCUCUGGUUAGGAGGAAGAAGAUGGAGUUGUUGCAGCGUUACGCCAGCGAGACGCUUCAGGCUCAGAGUCAGGAGGCCAGAACUCUGCUGGGACUCUGACCUGUCUGUCUGUCUCUGACCUGUCUGUCUGUCUCUGUGUUACAGUGUUGAUGUAAAUAUUAAUUCAAUUUCUUACUAAAAUAUUUUUCAGAUUC